AUGUGCCACUUUCAGGUCUCCUCACACUGCUGGUGUGUUCCAUUUUGUCAUAGGGUGCUGGCAGAUUACGGGCCUCCCAUAGCUGCUGCCAGGCCCCUAAUCUGCCAUGGGCCCCUAUACCGCCUCCUCAUGCUGCUGCCAGGUCCAGAGUCUCUCAUGGGUCCCUGUACGGCCUCCCAUUGCUGCUGUCUCCAUCGCCACACUCUGCCAUGUGCCACUUUCAGGUCUCCUCACACUCCUGCUGGUUUCCAUUUUGUCAUAGGUUGCUGUAUGGCCUCCCAUUGCUGCUGCCUCCACCGCCACACUGUGGCUCCAAACACUGGUUUUGGCCCCGUGACUGGCCAAAUGAGUGAAGUGUGCGGUGAUUCUAAGAUCGACGGCACUCAUCUGCAUGUCAUACUG